AUGGCGUCCAACGAAGACUCGCACCACUACCUCAUAGUCGAUGGCAAGGCCGUCGCUAACAGAGGCCUGAGGCGGAGGCUCAUGACAGGGAGAUGGAUGACCGACGUGGAGUAUCAGGGAGUGACCAACUCCUGCUGCGCCAACGCCGUGGCCGGAGCGUACGAGUAUCUGUGCAAGCGACAAGCAGAAAAGACUGGGGACACGGUAGGAGACAUCUCAAGGCUUUUCAUCUAUUACGUUGGACGUCUCGCGGAUGCAGCCAUGUUCAACGAGGAGCACCUGCCGCUGGAGGACGGCGGCAUGACGGCAUGUGCCGCUGCCAACAGCGGGUACGUUCCCAAGCCCGACAGCAGCGACCCGGAGGCCUCCGAGCACGGCACGCAUGCGCUGCUGCUAGUCGGCACGUGGGCGGACGGCGGGUACUGCUACGUGGCGUAUGACUACGUGUGCAACCCGGACUACAACCUGAUGGAGUACGUCGGGCAAUGGGUGCCCAACCAGGAGCACAUCGUGGACAGAUCCAAGGUGCGGGAGAAGGAGAUGCAUCCUGUUGAGGGAGGUCAAUUGCUUGUCAACAAGUCGGGGAUUUGUUUGAUCCUCUCUCCGAAGCUCGUGAGGGCGGAUGGAGGACGAGUCUUCAAGGCGAUCGACACCGACGGGUCAGGUUUCAUAGAGCCCGGGGAGCUCAAGACCGCAUAUCGCCUGGUGAUGUUGAGGGCAGCAGGGAGGAAAGAAAGGCUGACGACGUUGCAGCAAGGAGUUUACAUCACUGACGCUCAGCUGAAAGCUGUGCUCAUGAUGUAUGACACGUCAGGAGACGGCAAGAUUGACUUCGAUGAAUAUUGUGUGAUGGUCGGAGUCAAGGAUAAGAACGGCAACAUCAUCGGAGCAUCCGCUUGA